AUGUUGUUUGGUUUUAGCCUUCGUGAUAAGGCUCAGACAUGGUUGAAUGAUGUCAAGGAGACAGAGUGGAGUGCUAUUUCACGGGCCUUUCUAGAAGAAUUCUUUCCACCCACCAAGACUGCUGAAAUAAGGCAUAAGCUGACUACAUUCACUCAAGAACCUGGCGAAUCACUUCGAGAAGCCUGGGAUAGAUUCAAGGCUUUGCAGCGGUCGUGUCCGCAUCACAACAUUGAAAAAUGCACCACCAGAUCCACAUCUAAGAAGGGAAAAUUGGAUGUCGAUGCUUAUGCUCUAUUGUCCUCACAAGUGGCAGCCUUGAACCUGAAGAUCGAUUCUUUGAAGGCUCCUCAGUCUAGUACACCCCCAAUGAGUAUCAAUGCUAUGUCUAGUGUAGCUCCAGUGACAACUUCUUACUGCGAAAGACAACCCAAUGACCCAUACUCCAAUUCAUUUAAUCCGGGUUGGAGAAAUCAUCCAAAUUUCUCAUAUCGGGGCAACAAUGUUCAGAAUCCUCAACCCCAGCAACAAUGGUCGCAACCACAGUUCCAUCCACCUCAACCACAUGUUGCUAGGCCUCCAUUUCAACAAGGAGCCUCACAUAAUGCUCCCCCGGGGUUUAAUAGGCCCCCGCAUCAAGGAUAUCAACAACCCCCUCAGAGCAGUGCUACUCCAGAGCCUAACAUGGGUGAUCUGUAUAAACUCAUUGCAAAUAUGCAGAAGACCGCAGAGAUAGCUCAAAAGAACCAUGAUGAGAGCAUCAAAGAGUUGAAGAAUCAGUUUAGAAUGUUGGAGAAUCAAGUUGCCCAACUUGCUGACACUCUAUCUCAAAGGCAACCGGGUACACUACCAGGGCAACCUACUCCGCCCCAGAACAGAGAAAGUGCCAAUGCUAUCACUCUUAGAAGUGGCACUAAAUAUAAUGGACCCCCGAUGCCCACUAAUGAUGCAACUCUUGCUAAGGGGAACACAGAUGGACCAGGGAAAGAAACUGAUGCAGAGCCUUGA